CUUCGAGCCGAGCCAGUGACUCGGCUUUUUUCCUCCCUCGCCCUACCCCCUCCUGCCUCGGCAGAAGGAGGCCGAGGAGGCGGGGGAGGAAGACGCGAAGGGAAGGGAGAGGGCAGGCGGAGAGAGGAGGCGGCAGACAGAGGCGGCAGGCGCACAAGAUGGCCCCUGCUGCAGAGGCAGCGGGGCGGAGGCAGGAGGCGGUGGCCCGGCGGCCCCUGCUGCUGGAGGCGGUGGGCGCUGCGGCCGCCUCCGUGCCCCGGGGCUGAGCGGAGCCGCCGCCGCUGCUGCUGCUGCGGGGAGCCCGGCCCGGCCCGUGCGGUUAUGUUUCACACUAUGUGCUGACUGUCUGUACUUACAGAAGAUAUUUAAAAGCAAGCAAAAACAUUUUUUCCAAGAUUUUGAUUCCAGUGGAAUCUGCUCUUUUUAGAUUUUGUCUAGUGAAUUAAUUCCUGAAGCAAUGCCUGUACAAGCUCCACAAUGGACGGAUUUUCUCUCCUGCCCAAUUUGCACACAGACUUUCGACGAAACAAUCCGGAAACCCAUCAGUUUGGGCUGUGGUCACACUGUCUGCAAGAUGUGCCUCAACAAGCUCCACCGUAAGGCAUGCCCCUUUGACCAGACCACUAUCAAUACAGAUAUUGAGCUCCUUCCUGUGAACUCAGCAUUGCUACAGCUAGUGGGUGCUCAGGUUCCUGAACAACAGCCAAUUACUUUGUGCAGUGGAGCUGAAGACACCAAACAUUAUGAGGAAGGCAAGAAGUGUGUAGAAGAGCUAGCGUUGUACCUCAAACCACUCAGCAGUGCAAGAGGUGUAGGUCUGAACAGUACCACUCAAAGUGUAUUGAGUCGUCCCAUGCAAAGGAAACUUGUGACAUUAGUCCACUGCCAACUAGUAGAAGAAGAAGGGCGGAUCAGAGCCAUGCGUGCAGCAAGGUCACUGGGUGAAAGAACAGUCACAGAGCUUAUCCUUCAACAUCAGAAUCCUCAGCAACUCUCUUCCAAUCUCUGGGCUGCAGUGAGGGCUAGGGGCUGCCAGUUUCUUGGGCCAGCAAUGCAAGAAGAAGCCCUGAAGUUGGUCCUUCUGGCUCUGGAAGAUGGAUCUGCUUUGUCACGAAAGGUCUUGGUUCUUUUUGUGGUACAGAGACUGGAGCCACGAUUUCCUCAAGCUUCUAAAACCAGCAUUGGGCAUGUUGUCCAGCUCCUUUAUAGAGCCUCCUGCUUCAAGGUUACCAAACGUGAUGAGGACUCCUCCCUGAUGCAGUUGAAGGAGGAGUUCCGAACCUAUGAGGCUUUGCGGAGAGAACAUGAUUCUCAGAUUGUGCAGAUUGCCAUGGAGGCAGGUUUACGGAUUGCACCAGAUCAGUGGUCCUCACUGCUGUAUGGAGACCAGUCCCACAAAUCCCACAUGCAGUCCAUCAUUGACAAGUUGCAGACCCCGGCCUCAUUUGCACAGAGUGUUCAGGAACUAACCAUUGCUCUCCAGCGUACUGGAGACCCAGCCAAUCUGAACCGGCUUCGACCUCAUUUAGAGCUCCUGGCUAACAUCGAUCCUAGUCCAGAUGCCCCAUCCCCAACUUGGGAACAACUGGAAAAUGGACUAGUUGCAGUAAGGACUGUGGUACAUGGACUAGUUGAUUACAUCCAGAAUCACAGCAAGAAAGGAACGGAUCAGCAACAGCCUCCUCAGCACAGCAAGUAUAAAACAUACAUGUGCCGAGACAUGAAGCAAAGAGGGGGGUGUCCCCGUGGGGCCAGCUGUACCUUUGCACACUCGCAAGAGGAGCUAGAAAAAUUUCGUAAAAUGAACAAACGUCUGGUUCCCAGAAGACCCCUGAGUGCCUCCUUGGGUCAGCUCAAUGAGGUGGGCCUGCCUUCAGCAGCUAUCCUCUCAGAUGAAGGGGCAGUGGACUUGCCCAGUAGAAAAUCCUCUGCCCUGCCGAAUGGAAUUGUGUCAACGGGCAGCACAGUGGCGCAGCUUAUCUCACGAGGGACCGACUCCAGCUAUGAUUCAGCUCUGAAACCAGGGAAGAUCGAUCACCUGAGCAGCAGUGCCCCUGGAUCCCCUCCUGACUUGCUGGAGUCUGUCCCUAAGAGCUCACUUCCAGCCUUACCAGUGAACCCACAUCCUGUGCCCACUAGAGGUCCAGCAGACCUGCCUCCGAUGUCUGUCUCCAAGCAGAUGCAAAUGGUUCCACGAGGGUCCCAGUUAUAUCCUGCUCAGCAACCAGAUAUGUUUUAUCAGGAUCCUAGAGGAGCUGCCCCACCCUUUGACCCAGGACCUUAUCAACAAGGAGUGUACUAUUCUACUCAGUCCUCGCAGUGCAUGCCUCGUUUCGUCCGACCUCCAUCAGCUCCUGAACCUGGUCCUCCUUAUUUAGAGCAUUACCCGGCUUAUCUCCCAGACCGCGUGGUGAACUCCCAGUACACGCCACCACAACAGUAUCCUCCAAUGGGGCAACCCAUUUACCCACCACACUAUGACAGUCGUCGUGUGUAUCCCCCUGCUCAACCAUACCAGCGAGAAGAUAUUGUCAGAGGAAGUCCUGUGCCCAUUGAAAUUCCCCAGACAGCUGUGCCUCCAUAUGUACAGGAAUCCAGGGACAGAUACCAGCAAAUGGAGGGUUAUUGUCCAGUGGCUCCACAUCUUGGUCAGAUCAGACCUUCAUGCCACAGAGAGCCUUGUAACAGAUUUCCAUCUUCACCUCAGCCCCAUCCCAGUCUGGAUGAGCUUCACCGCCGACGGAAGGAAAUCAUGGCCCAGCUAGAAGAGAGGAAGGUGAUCUCCCCACCUCCCUUUGCACCCUCGCCAACUCUGCCUCACACUUUCCACCCAGAGGAGUACUUGGAUGAAGACCUGAAGGUAGCUGGGAAAUACAAAGGAAAUGACUAUAGUCAGUACUCUCCCUGGUCAUGUGACACCAUUGGCUCCUACAUUGGAACCAAAGAUGCAAAACCCAAAGAUGUUGUGGCAGCAGGGAGUGUGGACAUGGCGAAUGUAGAUAAUAAAACCAUUCGUGAUCAGCGGUUGGACAUGCAGAGAAGAGCAGCAGAGACGGGGGAUGAUGACCUCAUCCCAUUUGGAGACCGGCCAACUGUAUCGAGGUUCGGGGCCAUCUCGCGUACUUCCAAAGCGAUGUACCAGAGUUCUGGCCCUAUGCAGGCCAUGGCAGUUCAGGGAGCUUCCACCAAAUCUAUGAACAUAUCAGAUUACAGUCCAUAUGGAACUCAUGGUAGUUGGGGAAGUUCUCCAUAUUUACCCCAUCAAAAUAUACCUUCUCAGGGACGGUUCAGUGACAGGGAGAGGUUAUCCAUGUCAGACAUUACUGGUCAUGGGAAACCUUUGCCCUCAGCUGAGAGGGAGCAGCAGCUCAGAUUGGAACUGCAGCAGCUAAACCAUCAGAUCAGCCAGCAGACACAACUGAGAGGACUAGAGGCUGCUAGUAACAGGCUGCUGUUGCAGAGGGAGGCGACUACCCUGGCAGGCCAGCCACAGCCCCCACCGCCACCUUCUAAGUGGCCUGGAAUGAUCUCAAGUGAACAGCUGAGUUUGGAGCUUCAUCAGGUGGAGAGGGAAAUUGGGAAGAGAACUCGUGAGCUGAGCAUGGAGAGCCAGUCUUCACUGGAUAUGAAAAGCAAAUUGGGCACCAGUAAACAGACAGAAAAUGGACAGCUAGAGCCGCAAAACAAGGUUCCAGCUGAAGAUCUGGCACUGACAUUCAGCAGUGAUGUUCCAAAUGGAUCAGCCUUGACACAAGAGAAUAUCAGCCUCCUUUCAAACAAGACCACAUCUCUGAGCCUGACAGAGGACCCAGAGGGUGGAGGAGACAGCCAUGACUCCCAGCGAACAGGAGUUACACCCACCUCUGCUCCAUGAAGUGAAGAAAGCAUCUCCCAGAAGUUCUGCUGGGGGGUGUUGGUUGCUUUUGUCGUGUUCACUUCCAGGGGUGAUCAGAGAAACCCAAGAAUAACAACAGCAGCAGCAGCGAGUCCGGAGGCAAUGUGCAUAAACACCACUCCUAGAAACAAACCCUGCACAUAGUUCACAUUAAUGCGUUUUUUAAUUAAAAAAAUGAAAAUUAGCAGUAUCUGCAAGCAAUUCAAAUUAAAUUUGUUUUUGUUCUGUGAAUGAACUUUAUUUUAAUAACAUUGGACGCCUUGGAUCCCAGGGCUUAAAAAAAAGAUAUUAUAUAUAUAUACUCUGUUUGAUUAAUUGUAUGAUCUUAAUGAAGUAGGUUUUUUCUUUUACUUUGUAUUAUUACAUAUCCAGUGUAUAAUUUCUUACACCUUCACUUCUGAACAACCAAAACAACCUGGCCACUUCCUUGUAUGAAUUUAAAGGUGAAUGAGGGUCAUGAAAUGGAGGGAGGCCAUGAAUUGCAGUAUCAGAAAAAUGUGCAGCAAUCUUCAUUUCUGAAAGAAUUUCUCUUUAAGUAGGAACUCUCUCCUAACUUGCACAGUACAUCUUUCUGACUAUACCUGUUGGCUUUAAACAGCAGUCAAUACAAUCUUCCCAGUUCAGUGUAAGCAUUCCAUAACACCUACCCCACUACAAAAUGUAUAUCCCAGUGUAUGAGUUAACCAACAGUAAAGAAAAUUCAGCAUUUGCACAUCAUUUUACUUGGACUAGGAGCUAGUAUAAUGCAUCAUUUUGUUGUUGGGACUAAAAAGUUCCUUGCAAGACAAGUAGGCCUAAACUAAUCAAAACUUACAUGCUUUGGAUUUCCAAGAGAAAUUGAAGAAGUUGCAUUUCUUGCUCCUGAGCUUUAAGUACUUGGCUAACAAGUGGUUGUCAUGGUGUAACAUGACAGGCUACAAAAUGUCUCUUCCUAGAAGAAGGAAGAAAGACAACACAUAUGUCAUGGAAGGAAAAUAAUUAAAAAUCAAUUUGCAAAGACUUGCUGCCAUCCAUUAUUUAGGAAGAUGAAAGUUUCCUUUUUUCUUUUCUUUUUUAAAUGAAUGGGAUGAUAUCAAGGUUUGUCUCAAAGAAACGGACCAUUUAUUAUGGAGCUGAUCCACAACCCAUUGAGCUAAACUAGUGAAAAAACUUCCAUUCCUUUCUAUGAGCUUUGGAACAGGGCUUUCAUUUGUAUAUUUUUUUCAAAUUAUAAAAAAAAACACCCCUGCCUGCCUUCCAUGUUUUCGUCACUGCUGCUCAUGUAUGUAUAUAUACACCACUGAUAUAUACAUAUAUAUGUCUUAUGCUUUUAUAAUUUGCUAUUCCCAGUCUGAUAUUUUUUAUAGUCCCUAGUAUGUCGGUCAUUUUUUUUGGCCUUGAAGUUUUCUCGCAGGAGGAGACGGAGAAUGUAAAAUUGAUGUGUAAUAGAUUUGGUAAUUGGCAAUUUGGUGAAAAUAAAGGAGGCACUUGGUUAGCUCAUAUAUACUAUAAUUAGGCAGCAAUGGCUGAAAGUUCAGUGUCAUGGAAUCCUUUCAGGAGCAAGCUGUCUUUUUUUCUGUUGAAGUUUAAUCCAAAAAUUAUUCUUCAGGUGUAACUGUAAUACUGUCAGAAACAUUUACAGGUACUUGAAAGUUGAGCAUUUUUAUGACAUGUAAUCUUCUCCAUCUUCCGUAGAAGGUGGACACUAAGGAGAUACUUCCUUAAGUGGAAUAUGUUAACAGCAUUUUUAAAGAAGUUACAAACCUUCCCAGCUGCGCGUUCUAUUGAGGAGUUCUCCUAAAAGGUCACAGAAAUGAAUGAGGUUUUGCUGCACAUAUUUUGACCUUUUCUGCCUGUACUGGGCUGAGAUCCUCUGAAUGGAAAGCUCAAUACUGGUUCCUCCUAUUUCCUUGUUUUCCUUUCGGGACUAGACUACUAAAAAGAAAGCACUGGUUAUGUAAUAAAAUUACUGCAUUGCUUUGGUUGGGUAAAGCAAGAGUUAAUAAUUUUCUUGGUUUUUCUUUUUUUCUCUCUCUUUUUGGUUUAGGGUUUUGUUUUGUUUUUCUUCCCCCUUAACUCCUGCUGAGGUCAUAGCAACCUUGGGCUAAGCUUUGCAUCCAUCAUAAUGUUAAUUAAAAUAAAUUUGGGGGGGAAUACAGUCCCACUAUUGCCUACCAGUAGGAGAGUCCAAACAGAAGACUCUUUUGAGUAGCGAUUAUUUAAUUUGCCCAGUCAAGGCACCGCAUUUAUAUACUAUUUCACAUUGAAUUUGAUUAUGCCCUACAGACCUGGCUGGUCAAGGAUUUGAUACACAUAUUGGCUUGGGAUUCGAGCUUUCUUUUUUAUUUAAAUGAAAUUUAUAUAUAAACAUAUAUAUACAGAUAUACAUAGUUAUAUCUGUAUAUAUAUUGGGUAUGUUUUAAGAAUUUUUUCGCAUGAGCGCAGCUGUUGUGAUCAAAUGUCUGGGAGGAAGAAGCACUGAACAAAGAUAAGGCAUUUUCAGCUCCCCUCCAAACUCUCUACAUUCAUGCACAAGUUUUUCAUUCUUGGUUGAAUUUUAACAUCUUUAUUGCCAGAGAAGGUAGUUUUGAGGUUUUAUUAAUUUUUUUCCUUAAUUUGUGGUGAGGAAUCUUUUCUGCCCUGAAUUCUUUCCAUCCCUGCUACUUUCCCCUAGUCAUGCAUGUUUGCGCUUCACAUCCUGCUUUGAAGCCUUUUGGUAUGGUCCUUAUCUUUCCAUGAGGAAGAUCAGGCCAUCUCUGUGGAAAACCUGUCUGCUCUGUUCCUUCAGUCUCCCCAGUACCAUAAGCUUUGUGCAGUCUUGGCAUUGUGCUGGUAAAUGAACUGACGUGGGGGCCCAUGCUAUUGUCUGCAGUCUUUAAAUGCAGAGACCUACCAGCAGAUCUGCCAUCACUUCAUUAAUUUUUAUGAAGCUGAUCAUCUGCUAUGUCCUUAUUAAUGCUGGAGCACAUUUUAGUUGCAACAGUUAGUGCACUAUUUUAAUCUAGGAGGACAAGCUCCAAGUACAGAUAUUGUCUCUCAACUACAGAAAUCAACUUUACAUAAAAAGUUUUAGUGUCUUGUCACAGCAAAUUCACCUUAAAUCUUGAAGAAGAAGAAGAAGAAUCUGGUCCAUCAUCACUUGUGCCAACUGGUUUCCUAUUCAGAACUGACCUGAUUGUUUCUAGGCCUAGGGGAAAUAAAACACUACAAUAAAAACAGGUCAGAUCAUCAAGGUUAAACGCUUCUCCAUUUAUGGAUUUGAAAGGGGACCUUAAUGUUGAUUUUUGUUUUUCCUCCCUCACCACAUUUUACUGUACUUUGUGCUAGUGUCCUUGUGAUGAUCAAUCAGUCCAGGUGAAUGCCCUGUUUGCACAGCAUUGUAGUUUGGCUUAUUAACUGUUUUUUGUUUAAUUAUCUACAAACUGUAUUGAUUCUGGCUUUGUUUCCUCUUCUCCUGUUGUCCUUUCCCAGUGUUUCUUUACAGAACUUUAGCUGCUGAAACCAGUCAAAUAGGGAAUCUGAAAAAGGCUUUAAAUCUUUAUGGAGGUUGUAUAAAACUUACUUUCCAUGAAAAAUGCCAGAAGAGCUGGGAGAAUUGAUAACUGUUCACAUUGUAUAAGAGGUGAUUGUGAAGCAGACUGAAUUUCACAGUUCUGUCUGUAUUGACCACUUUUUUGUUGACUCCUUCACUUGUGCCCCAUGUCCUUCACCCGUGCCCAGUCUGUGUUCCAGCUAUACUGGAAUUCUACCUACUUUGGUCAAAUGAAACCCUGCUAAACCCUGAUUUUAGAUCCUCCUGCUCAGACAAGAGCAAACCAUAUUACAAUGGUGGUUGAACACUAUUAUUGUGUGGUAGGUAAAAUAGAUUUCUUCAUGCAAAUAGCACCUUCAAGAGAACUUUGGUAGCCUGGUUUCAGUUACAGUGGAGACAGUCUGUGGGGGCAAACUGGGAAGCUUCAAGUGGCAGGCUAGGGUACACAGUGCCAGAUAUAAAUUAUUGGCCCACUCUAGUUUAGAAACAUUUAACUUGUCCUGUAGUAGCAUAGGUGACUUUAUUACCCCAACACAUACUUCUUAUUCAUUUUAUGUGACCUAAUUCAUUAAUAGUAUAAAUCUGUAAGUUCACUUUUGUAAGCUGCCAUAUCCUAUUUCAGAAUAGAAAAUAGAAAUCCUAUAGAUCUGAGGACCUUUCAGUCUUGCAGCACUGUUACCCGCCUUAACCUCAAAUUCUUUUUAAGCUGUCGGCUUCUCCUGAACCUGACUCUCUCCCUUUCUUUCCUUCUAUGGCUUGCCCAUUAUCCUCCCUGAUCGUGCAACAGUGACAGCUUGCUGCCUCAAAACAGAGCAUUCAAAUGAAUUCGCUUAGCCAAUAACUUCUGUGAAGUUGCCUUUUCUAAUGGUGUUAUUACUCAGUGAUGCACAAAUGUGAUAUUGCCCCUACUGGUAGGCAACCAGGGAAUCUGUAUAAACAUGGUAAACUGUUGUUGUUCUUUAAUGGAGAGCCAAAGACUUGUGCUUUACACUUUACUUUUUUUCUUUUACUGGAAUAGUCAUUUUGGUUGUGAAUAUUUUGAGUUUUGAGAGUUGACUGUAUUAUCCUAAUAGAAAUUUGCAAAGUUGUUGAUUGUCAAGCCUUAUACAUAUUUAAAAUAAUGGGAAGUCAUCACUUUAUCUGGUUGCAAAAUAUGUGAAGGGUGUGUUUAAGCACCUAAUGUGUUUGGAGAUUUUUAACUUGUUCUUAUAUCCACUCCCAUGCACUCUCCCAGCCCAGGAUAAUUUACAGGUAGGAGAAAGGGCUUAGAAGUGUCAGUAGUCUUAAGCCAUGUCUAUAAAAGUUAAGCCUAGACUAAUGUGUUGAUAGAUAGCUUAAAGUUAAAAUUACUAAAAAAAACAAAACAAAAAAGAAAUGCUGGUGAAAGGCAAGUCCAUAUUGCAAAUGUGACUUUUUGCUGACUUCCAAAGAAGUCCAUUUAGACUGAGAAGAUUUUAUAGCAUUAUGUUAAAUCUGAUAUGGUAGAAGCAGACUUAUGCAAGGAUAUUGCCUGUUGACGACAAGAAUUUAAUAUUAUCUGUGACACAUUCAUUGAACCACAAAAAAUAGGAAUGAGCUGUUUAAUAUGAUAUACAGUAAAGCCAUUUGUUUCUACUUUCCUUGAGCUCAUUUAUUCUCUUGCAGAUUGUUCUUAGGGUUCAGAGAGGAAUCCUUAAGCAAUAAAAGUAACAAAGCUAUCACCUUCUUGCUGUUUCCAUUCAUGAGUGCAGAACCUCUAAAAAAUAAAAAAUAAUAAAAUAAAAUAGCAGCAGCAGUUUCAGGUCUGUAAUAAGUAUGUAACUACAGGGGUAGCUUUCAUAAGAAAAAGAAUCCUGUCAAAAAGAUAUAUUCAGUUAAAUAACGACAAACUCGAUUCUUAGGGUUCAUGAUAGUAAGUGCAAAACGUCAGAGGGUUCAGCAGCAGAGCUGUUAGCUAUCCUCUUUUUAAUAAAGGAAAAAUUGAAAGCUGUAUGAGAGUAGAGAAAUAUAUAGACUAUAGAGCAGAUGCAAUGAACAGGUAGAAUCACUGUCAUAUGACUGCAUCUCCAUAUCCAUCCUACUAGUCGUAUUGAUUCCUCAUCUCCUACUAGUCUUUCCUCAUCUCCAAGUGUGAACACCCAAUAUUAGCAGUAUUGAUAGUGAGCUUGACAUUACUGUCUCCUAAGUUUUACACACUUGUAUUAUACUGUAAGAUGCUUCCCCUUUAAAGAACUACCAGUCUCAUUUAGAGCAGUGAUCCAAACAGUAAACUGAAGAAAAACCCAUCUUGCUAAAUGUGAAUUCUGAAUUUUGUGUUGAAAAUGAAUCAACAUUUCUAAGACACCUUUUGAAUGUAGCUAUGGUGCUGAAAAGAAAUUGUAAUUAAUAGUGAGUGUACACAUGGCCAAGAUUAUUCAUUUCACUUUGAAACUGAUGUACUCUGAGUACAUUUUAAUAUGAAAGGUAGGAAAUCAAACACUGAUCCUAGUUUUCCAUAUUGCUGCUGUCUUUAAUUGCUUGCUUUCUCCCCAAAUGAUAAAUGCUGGAAAGAGGUUUCAAAGCAUGAGUUAAUUCCAGUCACCCUACAAAGGUUUUGGGUGGACCUUGUUCCAACACAAUGUUUCCUGAUGUUGCCAUGUCAUAGCAACAGUUGCAGUGUAGAGGGAAACACCUCUGUAUCUCUGAAUCAUGCCACACUGAAUUUCAGAAGCAGUUGAUUCUUGUGAUACAGAUGGACAGUAGAUUGGAGGAGAAAGGAGAACAUAUUUUAUAAAUAUUUUUAUAAAAACUUAUGAAUGGUGAGAGUUGUUUUAUGCUGGGGAGCUCUCUGAACACUAAGCAAAGAGGAUGGAACAUCAUUUGAUCCCUCCCAGAGAAGUGCAUGGAGAACCUGGCUCAUCAUCUGCCUAUGCUGGACUUCCUUCCCAAGAGUCCCCCAGUAGUUUGAACUUUUAAAGCACUGUGCCCAAAAUGUUUGGACAUGGAUGUAUAAAGUCUAGCCAUAUAAAUAAUUGCCAUUCUCCAGAGAUUACUGAGUGCUUGCAGGUUCCCAGGAGGCUACUUGAGAAGUUCUCUGGGAGCUGCAAAUGCCUGGGAGCUCUGAGAAGUGUGCAUCUUUUAUUUAGCCGUCUAGCUUCAGGCACUGAAGUCUGAACACUUUGGGCCCACAGGGGUCUGGCAUUGUACAGGUUUUUUUGACAUCUCGAGACAACCAGUUCUUUCUGGAUAUGGAAUUUUUUGGCCAAAAGUAAAAUAUUUACAAAAAUAAGUCUUGGGAAAAUACAGGAAAAAAAAAAAAAGGAUGCGAUACAGUUUCCCUGAAGAGGAAAAAGUACUAGAUAUACUGAAAUACAUGUAUGUUUAAAAACAAUCCUGUGGAGUUAUCUGAUGUUUAUGGUAUAAACUAAAAAUUGUUUUCUUUGUAAUGUUAAAAUAAUUUUAUUCAUAAUUUGUAGCAGACAGUACUCACAAGUCUUUGGCAUCUGAACUGGAUUGUGUACUGGAUGGAUCCCACAACUGGACGUGUGCACCAAGCUCCAUUCUAGAUUUUUAUUAGGUGUGAUGGAAACUUUCUGUGCAUGCAAAAAGCAACUUGAGUAGGGAGAGGAGAGAGAACCCCAUUCACAACACAGUUGAUGCAUUGUUUACAAUUUAUGCCAUUGCUUUGCAGCCUCUCCUAAGUGCGAGCUGCUGCAAUGUGGACAAAAUAGCCCAUUAAAUGACUCUUAGCUUUUCUAAUUUAAGGAGUUUCCAUUUCCCUUUGGCCUGUGCUUGCCAUGUAAGCAGCUUCUAUGCUAAGAGGGGCUUUCCUUGAAGGCUAGCUUACCAGCUGCAGUAUAGCUUGAUUUUUUUUUUUCUUCUGUUUGUGGUAACUGGUAAUAGUAAUGUUAUGAGCUAGUUCCUAGUUGUAUUCAGCUCUGGGGAAGAGGAGAGAGGUGGCAUGCAAGAGAACAGAGUUACAGGAGAAAACAUGCAUGCCAGCACUCAUCCCCUCACUUUAAAAGUCACCUGUUUCCAGUUGUGGGAUUUCUCUACAAAAGCUUGUUUUCUCUUUCUAUGUAAACUUAGUUUUCUUUGAUCUUUUUUGGGCUCAUACCAGUCUCCCCGAGACAUUCUGCAGUCAUUAUCACCUUUUUGGGUGGAGUUUAUUUUAUUUUUUUGGUUUGUUUGUUUGUUUUUUAAAUAACUUUUAACAUUGGUGCAUAUAUGCUUGGGAUAGAGCUCAUGUAAUUUUCCAAUCGUAUUGAUUGUAUGUGAUUGUGCCCUGCAGAGGUAUAUUUAACAAAAACAAUAAAAAUAAAAUAAAAAAGGAUAGUCUAGGAUAAUAAAGGAGACCAUGAGAUUUGAGUCAGGUUAUGAAUGACUUCUUGAGUUUACUUAGGAAUUUGUAUAAAUAAGGAUCCCCAUUUGCUGUUCUUAUAAAACAGUACUGAACAAACUUUUUUUUUUUUUAUUUCCCUCCUCUGUCUUUUGAAGUGAUCCCUUUUGACUUUUUUUUUCUCCUUUCCUUCCAUUUUCUUCCCAUCAUAAAAAGGGACAGCUAACUCUAUUUACUGAAUAUUGUGAAUAUUUAUUGUUCUUAUCUCCCCAAACACAAGAAGAGUAGAGAUUUAAAUAAAAGGUGUGAGUGGAAUUCCAUAAAUUGUGAAUUCUUUGUGAGCACAGUAGAACAUUGAAAUCUCAUGCAUGAAGGCUGGCAGUGGAGGAGAUCUUCAAAGGCAUGUAUGGCAGUUUUUGUAUCUUUUGGAAAGUCCUUUUGAGAUUACCGAAGGGGGAAACAACAGAGCCUGCUUUAUCCUGCUCCAAUGGCAUUUUGAUCCUCCAGUAUUUGUGUUUAAACCUUAAGUAAAAACCGUUUUUCACACAUUAUGCUGAGGAGGGAGGGGAUUGGCAGAUGGAAAGGCAAGAAAGAGCUCUGGUCUUGAAAGUCAUUGUUCCUUGUGAUUUCUUUUUUUAAGUAUAAGCCCAACACUAUCAUUUUGUGUUUUAAAAAAAUUGUGCAUGAUUAUAUAGAAAAUGCCAUAUGUGGAAAAACACCAUAUGUUGAAAUGCUGUUUCUUCCCUCCUCUCUAACUUGCCUUCCUCCCUUUGGAAACUGACUCAGCCUCAUGUUACUCCUGCAUAGUGUUUAAGGCUCCUAUGAGUUGCAGAUAAAAAGGAUUUAUUUUAAUUAGUAAAAAGGAGGUGAUUCACCUUUCAGUCUGUAAAUAGAUGGAAGUGUCUACAAGGUCUUAUCUGCUUUUCUGUCAGCAUUUAUAUUAAAUGAUAAAUUAAUGGCUUA